GAGCUGGGGGCGGCGGCCCAAGCCAGGGUCCUGGAUUGGAGUACCCUGGGCUGCCGCAAGGAGGAGAGGGUGCGGAGGGAGGGUCUCCCCGCGGUGCCUGAGGGGCCUGCUGCUAGCUGUGGGUUGAGGACCCGUGGGACUGAAGCACUUCGGGAGGACCCUGCCUCCAGAGCAGAGCAUCUGGGAAAGCCCUUGGCCGCCAGACUGCCUAGGAAGACAGCGUGGAGGCUUGGCAGAGAGAUCCCUUGGUUUCAGCGCUCGUGGGGCCACCUGUGUCAUCGAACCUUCCUUUUGCCUCCGGGAUGGAAGGCUCCUUUCGAGCGCCAUCACCCUGGAGAGCGUCCUGUGGAUGUGAGGCCUGUGGAGUGUGGCCGCGCGAGGCGCAGACCCUGCGUAUUUGCUGUUACUCGGCUGUGACCGGAUUUUAUCUUUUCUGGGGGCGUGGAAGUCUGGGCUGGGCAGGUUUGACACCGCACUUUGAGAGACCUAUGGUCAUCCUUCCGUGUGACUGGAGAGGAGGCUUUAUUCUCACGAUUGUGGGGGACAUGCGUGACAGUAAGCAUAUGCUGGGUGCUGCUGUUCUUAGUAUUAAAUACCAAAAUUGUAAUGGAGUGCAUGAUUUGUUAACGGCAGUAUCCUUGACUACAGCGGAGGUGUUCUGAGAGGUGCAAACAGCUACGGGCAACUUGGCCUGGGCCAUAAGGAAGAUGUGCUUCUUCCCCAGCAACUGAGUGACUUCUGUAAAUCGGGGUGUAUCAAGAGUGUCACAGGAGGAGGAGGGCAUUCUGUAGUUGUCACAGAUGGAGGAGGUCUUUUUGUUUGUGGCCUGAAUAAAGAUGGGCAGUUGGGGCUUGGCCACACAGAGGAAGUUCUGCGCUUUACCAUCUGCAAGCCUCUCCUGGGUUGUCCCAUCCGGCAGGUGGCCUGUGGCUGGGAUUUCACUAUCAUGCUCACGGAAAAAGGUCAAGUUCUGUCAUGUGGAUCCAAUGCCUUUGGCCAGUUAGGUGUGCCGCACGGCCCUCGCAAAUGUGUGGUUCCGCAGGCCAUUGAGUGCCUGAGAGAGAAGGUUGUUUGUGUCGCUGCUGGACUGAGGCAUGCAUUAGCCACUACAGACACUGGCAGUACGUUCCAGUGGGGGACUGGCUUGGCAUCUUCUGGUCGACGCUUGUGUCCUGGGCAGAAUCUCCCAUUGUUCUUGACAGCAAAGGAACCCAGUAGAGUGACAGGCCUAGAGAGUUCUACAGUGGUAUGUGCUGUUGCGGGAUCUGACCACUCAGCCUCAUUAACAGAUACAGGAGAGCUGUAUGUCUGGGGCCGUAACAAGCAUGGGCAGCUGGCCUCCCUCGCCACCUUCCUUCCUCUGCCCCAGAGAGUAGAAGCACAUUACUUCCAGGAUGAAAAGGUCACUGCUGUCUGGAGUGGUUGGACGCAUCUGGUUGCUAAGACAGGAAACUUCAGAGCUCCCUGGACUGGCAUGCUGUGCUUCUUCUCUGUCAACAGAGGUCCCCGUGGGGCUCUGACUACGUCUGAAACUGGCAAGGUGUUUACCUGGGGUCGAGCAGACUACGGUCAGCUUGGGAGGACGUUGGGGUCUCCUGAAGCUCAGAAACACGGAGAGCAAGAUUCAUCGCUCGCCUUCCAGAGGCUGCAGAACAGUGUGCCUUCACCCCUGCACUGCCUGACAGGAGCAGCAGAGGGGACAAGUGCUGCUCCUGGGGCUGGAAUGAACAUGGCAUGUGUGGGGACGGCACCGAGUCCAAUGUCUGGACUCCAACUCCAGUGCAGGCCCUGCCGUCACCAUCAAGACUCCUCCUCGUGGGCUGUGGGGCGGGCCACUCCUUGGCCUUAUGUCAGCUGCCGGCACACCCUGCACCAUGCCAGGAUCUCACGGUUACCUGCCCACUCCCAGAUGCCACAGAGACCACUGAAUCUCAGGGUGCCGUGGACAGAGAGAGACAGGAAGGAGAGACCAUUGGUGACUUCAACCCAAAGCCAUUCUGACCUGACGAGAAGUUGGGGGUGGGGAGGCAUGAAAGAGACCAUUCAAUAAAGUGGCUUAUUCCAACAGAA